AUGCCCUCCUCCCACUUGACCCGCCUCGUCUUCCGUAGCAUCACCGCCAACGAGCCCCUCCUCUACCGUGGAUGCUGCCAUGUCGCCACCACCCGCCCGCCCACCUGGUCCCAUCAUGGCGCUUUCUCACUGCCACGCGCACUCGGCUCCCAAACCCAUCGGCGCAGCUUUCUCAAUAUCUUCAAGCCGAGCCGGAAGCUCAAACCCGCGCGUAUACCCGAGGGCCUGAAUAAGAUGGCAGAGGUCACGCUAGCCAUGGAGACUGCCGUACGCCCACCGCCACAAGCCGAAGUAGCAGCAGCAGUCAGGGCCUUCUUUGCACGCCAAUCAAAUCAAUAUGAGAACUUCCAAAUCGCCCACGCACACAAUGCCCUGAAGUACUUGCUGCAGAAUCCAAAAGACGACGGUAGCCCCUGGCUCAGCCGAAAAGAACUGGAUGACGGUAUACUCGAGAGCAUGAUGCGCCGGGAUCCUCGCAAAGUAACUGCGGGCCCAGCUCACCUGCAGUUUGGUCACAUCCUUCUUGCCGAAUUGGAACGCAUGCUCGACGUAGAGGCACAACAAGCCAGGGAAGAAUCGCAGCCAGGCAAAAAAGUCUUGGACCACACCUACGUGCAAAGGAAAAGGAUACGCUUUCUGUCAGUAUACGGAGCAGCCACCGAAGCACGGGCUAUCGCAGCCGCUGAAUUUCUUUAUCAUGCAGACGCUUCUGAGCUGCAACGACAAAAUGUCCUGGCUGUGUGGCUGGACGUCAUUCGCGGCUUUGCUUUGGAACACAACGUCGAGGAGCUGGCGCGGACGGCAGAAAUGCUGCAGACGUUGUCUAUCCCCAUAACCCCGCCCAUGCGCCAUAGACUUGUCAAAGUCUUCAUCGCGAACAAGGACCUGGAGCGCGCAAAGUUUUGGUAUUCGCAUCCAGUGUGUGAUCUUCAAGGUCAGCCCAUCACCGAGCGAAUUCAUGGUACCCUCAGUGCCGCUCUCUUGACAGCGUGUGCUCACAGCGGCGAUCGGAUAUACGGUCAAAAACUAGUGGCCUCGAUCCUGGAGACGAGUCUCGGAGACAAGGAAUCCUGGGAUGCCAUUUUCCUUUGGUCUGCCGCCAUUGGCAAGGGUCCAGAUGAGAUCGAUCGGAUGAUGAACGUCAUGGUUCGUCGUCAUGAGGAGGCGCGGCAGAAAAACCCUUCCCUCAAAGUCGUACGCCCAGAUGUAGAAACUAUGAAUGCCUUGGUCGAAUUUUGCAUCGCCAAGAAUGACCCAUAUGCUGCCGAACGAUACAUAUCCAUGGGAGAGAAGCGUGCCAUCUCACCCAACGAAAAGACUUUUGCCAUGCAGAUGCAGUAUCGCAUCUCCAUCGGAGACUUGGAUGGGGCUAGAGCUGCCUAUUUCAAUCUCCAGGGAGACUUUUCCGGAGCUGAACACAGUGUGGCCGCCGUCAACAAAUUGAUUCGAGCUCUGUGUGCCUCUGAUCUGUAUCACUAUGAUGACUUGAUGGCCAUGGUAGACGACCUGCAUGAGCGCAAGGCAAACUUCGAUCCAGAAACUGUUGCUGCGCUGACUCUGCUUCAUUUGAGAAGAGGUGAAAUCCCAGACGCCCAGGACUUGCUUCAAUUACACGCGUUCCAGUACUCACCCAAACAGCGUCGCAUCAUCCAGAAAGCUCUCUCCCUCUUCAUUCUCGACAGCGAAACCAGUAUUCCGGAUGCAUGGGAUGGCUACCAGAUUUUACGCAAUGUUUUCGCAGAGACUGCAAAGCCCGAACGAAUAGCAAUCAUGCAAGGCUUCUUCUCGCGCAAGCGAUCCGACAUGGCUUGUCAUGUCUUCUUCCAUAUGCGCAACCAUGAGUCUGAAUCUCUCCGCGCUGAUCGAGAUGUCUACAUUGCUGCUUUCACUGGUUACGCCCGGUGCGCAGACGCCGAGUCACUCGAGUUGACCCACAAUCAGCUCAGGCUGGAUCUGUCGAUUGACGUAGAUACCAAACUUCGCAAUGCUCUGAUGCUGGCUUAUGCUUGUACAGAGCAGAACACCAAGGCUCUACAGAUCUGGAGAGAGAUUUGCGAGUCAAAGGAAGGCCCCACAUACAACAGCAUCAUCAUCGCCUUUAGGUCUUGCGAAGGCAUGAACUGGGGCGGAGAGCAUGCCAAGGCGAUAUGGAAACGGCUCAAGGAACAAGAUGUCGAGAUUGACAAGGCUCUUUGGACGGCUUACCUGUGUGCCAUUGCACGCAACCACGACCAUGCCGAGGCACUAGCACUUGUAGAGUCAGUCGAGCACGAGUAUGGCUUCACUCCUGACCUUGCUAUUCUCGGCAACUGGUACAACAUGACUCCCAGUAAUGAAAAGCAAGCUCACGUCGAGGCCUGGAUCAAGAAGCGCUUCCCCGAGGUAUGGCAGGAAAUGGAGGCACUAGGCCACUGGAUCACCUUCGAUGGCUUUGGCUAUCGGCAAUACAACAUCAAGCGUGACCUUGAGCCAUAA